GAGGCGCAUUUCACACAUGAUCACGUUCACAGGUUGACUAAUUUCAGUCAUCCACUCGGGUUAAGAGUAAACAGCAACGCCCCAACCCUCGCUUGUUUGUUUUAAGUGAAGAGCGAUCCAUCGCGGAGCGCCGGGCUCGAUUGACACUGUCUGCUGAUCUGCUACUGCGGCUGGCUACGAAGGCUGUUCGCUAAUACCCGUCUAUCAGGGCUUUCACUGAAACACCGAGCGAGUAGGAUCCAAAAAAAGACAAGAAGGCUGGCAAGAACGCCGCGCCGCCGAAGUCCGCACCCCACAAUGGCUUCGGGAGACCUUUACGAGGUGGAGCGAAUCGUCGACAAGCGCCGGAACAAGAAGGGCAAAUGGGAGUACCUGAUUCGCUGGAAGGGCUACGGCAGCAAGGAGGACACCUGGGAGCCAGAACAUCACCUGCUGCACUGCGAGGAGUUCAUCGACCAGUUCAACGGCCUGCGUCUCCACGGACACAAGCGCCCCGCCAAGCCCCCCCGGGGCCCGCCCCUCCUUGCCACGCCCCGACCGCCCCUGCCCCCGACCCCCGACAGCCCCCGGUCGCGGCCGGACGCCAGGAAGAAAAAACGGACUAGCGGCGGAGGGGCGGGGCAUGGCGGAGGGGCGGGGCCUGGCGGAGGGGCGGGGCCCGGGGUAGGUGGGGUUUCCCUGAAGGUGAAGAAGAUGAGUGGAGGAGGAGGAGUGAAGCAGGUUCCAGGAGAAAGGAUGGGACACAGAACCAUGCCCACCCAGGAGGGGCUAGACUUCCUUUCCCCAUCGAGAGGCCCUCACAACGGGCUCCAGAACGGAGAGGCCCCCCUCCUGUACAGGGCGCCAGCCAGGACUCACAGGCUGCCCCUGGACAGAGGGGACCAGGGGGCCAGGCUGGGUCCGGACACUCCCACAACACCGCUUAGCAAUGAACUAGGCUCAUCCGUGGCUAACGGAGGGAUGACCUGCAGCUCUGUGAAGCGGAAGCUGGCGGAGGACAAGGCCUACGUGUUCGACAAGCGCCUGAGGUACAACGUGAGGCAGAACGAGACCAACUGUCGUUUCCGUGACAUUGUGGUCAGGAAGGAGGAGGGCUUCACCCACGUGCUUCUGUCCAGCCAGACGUCCGAAAACAACGCACUGACCCCAGAGAUAAUGAAGGAGAUGUGUCGGGCUCUGGGGAAUGCAGCAGCUGAUGACAGUAAGCUCCCUGCUGCCUCAGUUCUGGAAGAGUAAUGCCUGAUGAGGAGCAUCCUGAAGUCGGUCCUGGAGGAGGUGAACGAGAAAGAGUGUCAGCUACUUAAACAGCUGUGGUGUUCCACCAAGGGUCUGGAAGCCCUGCUCAGCUACCUGCAAAACGAGGCGUACGAGAACUGACCCCCUCCCCCCAAACCCUGUCCCCCCCCCCCCUACACACACACACACCUCCAGAACCAGCCCUGUCUUCCCAGUUACUGCAGUACCCAACUCCACCAGCAGGGGGUAGCGCUGAUGUCUUCACAUACCGACGGUACACCUAGACUGUUAUAGUCCUGAGUAGAUCUCCAGAGUUGAGUCUUGUCCACGGAGAACAUUCGUCUGUCUGAUCGUUGACGGGCAGAGAAUGGUGCGCUUUCCUUCUCAGAGCACGAGGGUCAAAGGUCAAAGACGAGCACCAGCUGGUAGACAGGAAGAGACGCCGCCUGUGUGUGUGUGUGU